GCCUGGUAAUCAAGUCGCAAUGAGUGAGAAAUUCCACUGUCGAAUGUACGAGAAUGAGUUCCCCAAGGUCGAUGAUGUUGUCAUGGCCAACGUCCGCCAGAUCGCCGACAUGGGUGCCUACGUCAAACUGCUCGAGUAUGGAGACAGAGAGGGUAUGAUUCUGCUUUCCGAGUUGUCCAGAAGACGUAUUAGAUCUGUCCAGAAGCUCAUCAAGGUCGGCCGUAAUGAGGUUGUCGUUGUGUUGCGUGUGGAUGAAGAGAAGGGUUACAUUGAUCUUUCUAAGCGUCGUGUCAGCCCCGAAGACAUUGCAAAGUGCGAGGAGAAGUUCACAAAGUCUAAAGCUGUUCACUCUAUCCUCCGUCACGUUGCUGAGAAGCACGAUAUGCCCUUGAAGGAUCUUUACGAGAUGAUCGGAUGGCCUCUUUACAAGAAGUUUGGUCAUGCUUUCGAUGCCUUCAAGCUCGCAAUCGCCGAUCCUGAACCUGUGUUCGAGGGUUUGACUAUUCCUGCAGAGAUUCUCAAGGAGUUGAUCUCCAACAUCAAGCGUAGAAUGACUCCUCAACCCGUAAAGAUCAGAGCCCAGUUGGACCUGAGAUGCACUGGCAUGGAUGGUGUUAAUGCUAUCAAGGCUGCCCUUAUUGCUGGUGAGGCUCAAUCUACUGAGCAGGUUCCUAUCAAGGUUACCUACCUGGCUGCACCCUUCUAUGUUGUCACAGCCGAUGCUCUCGACAAGACAGCUGGUUUUGAGGUCAUGGAGUUGGCAGUAAACGCGAUAAAGGAAAAGCUUGAGAGCCACAAGUGGUCUCGUUUCAAGGUUGAGAAGGAGGCCAAAUUGGUAUCCGAAACCGAUGAUCGUGACUUUGCUGAGCUUAUGGCUCAGGCAGAGAAGGAGAACGAGCUUGUUAGUGGUGAUGAGGAUGAAGGAGAUGCCGUUGCUGCAAGUGACGAUGAUAUGUAAAUGAUAAAGAGAUAUAUAUAUACAAAAGGAUCCAAAAAUUAUUUAAAAACGAUUACCUUUUUUUCAUUUUUUUUUUGAAACGUACAUCCUCAUCCUUUUUUUGUUGUUGUUGUUGAUACUCCGUCUCAUCUAUUUUCUCCCUUCCUUUUCUUCCCCUCUUUUCUUCUCCCCUCUCUUAAUUUAACCAAAAAGAAAAAAGAAAAAAAAAACUUAAUGG